AUGGCUGAGCUGUCUUCCAACUGGAAGAAGCUUCAGGCAAAGCUCAAUCCUGGCAAGCAAACACGCUGCCUACCUUUGCAGCGCAAGGCAAAGGAUCCGACGCCAAGUACAGAUAAGAUACACCAGUUUUCAGAGGCGAUUUUAUCAAGGACCAUCCAGCCUACAAACGCCAAAGCUCACCGAAUUAGGAAAAUGGGCGGAGUGCAUAGUUCCAAAGCCGGAGAUGAAGCCAGCACGAGCCAGUCACCAUCGAUCGCCCUGUGGGCAACAAACCAAGAUAUUUCGAGUGAGGCUCUAGCAGAGGCAUACGGCCUUGGUAUCAAAAAAAGUGCAAUCACUCUGCCUUCACAUAAUGAUAAAGUCAAUCAUGGUCGAUCCUCAAAUAUUGACGUUGGAAAGUACGUCGGACUCGAUUGCGAAAUGGUUGGAGUUGGCCAAGGGGCACAUGAGUCCGCUCUAGCUCGGAUCAGCUUGGUCGACUUUCACGGGCGACAGAUUUACGAUUCUUAUGUGAAGCCAACAGAACGAGUCAGUGACUGGAGGACGGCUGUGAGUGGCGUCUCCCAGAGGGAAAUGAGGUUUGCGAGAGAGUUUGAAGAUGUUCAACGCGAAGUAUCCGACAUCAUAAAGGGACGUAUCUUGGUUGGACAUGAUAUAAAGCACGAUCUAGAUGUGUUGAAAUUGAGUCAUCCUCUCAGGGAUAUCCGAGACACCGCCAAACAUCACGCAUUCAAGAAGUAUGGACAUGGGCGAAAACCUUCUCUACGAGUUCUCGCUCGGGAACUUCUCGCUAUGGAAAUACAGGAGGGUGCCCAUUCUAGUACUGAGGAUGCACGCGUUACUAUGCUCAUUUUCCGACGAUACAAGUCGAGUUUUGACACGGAUCAUACAAGUCGCUAUCCAAAUGGGACUCCUCCGGUCAAUACAAGGAGGUCCAAGAGACACAAAAGGAAACAUUAA